AAUCUCGCUGUGAGGCAAUAACAAAAUGCAGCUGUUGCAAUUGGCCAACUUUGUGCUGCAGAAUUUGCUGCAGUCGCGCAUAAGUUUCAUAAUUUUCUUUCACUGCUGGGCAAACAAUGAAACUUUACAAUUCACACAACAAGUCCACAAACCCCAUCAUCAGCCCAUCUAUUAUCAGUUUGCCCAUUUGAACGACUGGAACUGGGAGCACUUGGAGCAACGUUAUUUGGAUCACGCACAGCCCACGUUGGCUAUUUAUGUGGACUUGAGUUGUUUGCGAAGCAGAAGUCUCUUAGCGGAGGCGAGUCGAGCACGACUCUACAAUCAGCACUAUCAUUGGAUGCUGCACGACAGCUCGGAUGCAUUCAACUUUUAUGAUUUCUUUAAGCCUACAAACAUAUCUAUAGAUGCUGAUGUCAGCUAUGUUAAGCAGCACAUAGCAGACAAUAGUGGCACCAUUAUCUAUACGUUAUAUGAUGUCUACAGCAAUGGCAACCACAUUGGCGGGCAGCUUAAUAUUACAGUGAACUAUGAGCUCGGCUGCAAUGAGACGAGGUGCGGCGCCAUUCGCUAUCUCAGCUCAUUGCAUUUGCGUUCCAGGUAUGGCAAUCGGGAGCAGCUGACGGAUGUGGUGCUGCGCGUGGCUACGGUGGUGACACAGCGACCCAUUAGUUGGCCGCCGGAACAACUGCUGCGUUUUCUCAACCAAAUAAACGACACACAUAUCGACGGCAUCGCGCGCUUUGGGUUUCAUUUGACCCUGAUACUCAAGGAUCUGCUGCAGUGUGGCAUGAAUUUUACAUUCAAGGAUCGUUGGAGCUAUGGCGACUACAAUGGCGGCUCCGUGGGCGCUGUGGUCGAUGGCACAGCCGAUAUUGGCUCGGCGCCCUGUCUAUCCACACCGGGCAGACUGCAUCUGUUGUCGUCAAUCAUUGAGACGGGUUACUUUCGCUCCAUUUGCCUGUUUCGCACACCUCAUAAUGCCGGCAUAAGGGGCGAUGUCUUUCUGCAGCCUUUUAGCGCUGUAGUUUGGUUUCUGUUUGCUGCAAUCUUGCUGCUGAUCGCUCUACUGCUGUGGCUUACGUUCUACAUGGAGUCCAAGUGUAUGCGUGUCCGUUGGCGCUUAGACUUUGUACCUUCCCUGCUGAGCACCUGUCUGAUUAGCUUCGGCGCUGCGUGCAUUCAGAGCUCGGCACUAACACCGCGCUCCAUGGGCGGACGCUUGGCAUACUUUGCGCUGUUUCUAAUUAGUUUUAUAAUGUAUAAUUAUUAUACCUCUGUGGUCGUCUCCUCGCUCCUGAGUUCGCCUGUCAAGUCUAAGAUCAAGACGGUGCAACAGCUGGCAGAGAGCUCGCUAACAGUUGGACUUGAGCCGCUUUCAUUUACCAAGAGCUAUCUAAAUUACUCGCAACGCCCGGAGAUUCAUUUGUUCAGCAAACGCAAGAUUGACACUCAGACCCACAAUCCCGAGCUCUGGCUGCCCGCGGAUCAAGGCAUUCUACGUGUACGCGACAGACCUGGCUAUGUGUUUAUAUUUGAGGCCUCCUCUGGAUAUGCGUAUGUGGAACGCUACUAUACCCAGCAAGAGAUUUGUGAUCUUAAUGAGGUUCUGUUUCGACCCGAGCUGUUGCUCUACACCCACCUGCAUCGCAAUUCCAGCUACAAGGAACUCGUGCGUUUAAGAUUGCUGCGAGUGUUGGAGACUGGCAUCUAUCGCAAGCAUCGUAAUUGGUGGGCCCGCAUGAAGCUGCACUGCUAUUCACAAAACUUUGUCAUUACCGUGGGCAUGGAAUAUGUGGCCCCGCUCUUCUUCAUGCUGCUCUGUGGCUACAUUUUGGUGGUGCUGCUGCUAUUGCUCGAGCUUGCCUGGCAGCGUUAUAUGCAGCGUUCAGAAUAA